UCUUUCCAACAAUACAAUACACCCAAAAGCAUCUCCACCACUCAAACCAUAACAACAACAAUAACAUCACAGAGGAACACAUAAACAGGGGAAUAAAAAGUGUUCUGUUUUGCAUAGACCUUGCUGUUCUUCUUCUUGUUCUCUUCUCACAAAUUUUUUCAACCAUAAAAAAAUUUAUUCAACUAUAAUAGUCUUCCCUUCAUAAUUUACAAAAAAAUAAAUACUCAUAUUUUUCACACCACCCUUUUUUAAUAUAUAUAUUUUUUCAAUUAUUAUUAUUAUUUUUUAUUUUCCAUUCCUCUGUUUUGUCCUGAAUCCUAUGCACUCAAACUACAUCACACUUCACACUUCAAACUCCAACACAAAUUGAAUUUCAUCUACUUAUAGAUCUGAAAAAAGGGUCAAAGAAAUUCAUAAUUUUUAAAGAAAAAACUUUCUCAAGAAAGAAAAAAAGAAACCUUUGUCAGAAGAUAAUAACUAUGGAGUCAGAUCUUCAUCAACAACAACAACAACCACAGGUAAAUUCAUCAGGUUUAACACGUUUCAAAUCAGCACCAAGUUCAUAUUUCAACAACAUAAUUGAUAAAGAAUUUUAUGAGCAUGUUUUCAAUCGACCUUCAAGUCCAGAAACAGAACGAGUUUUUUCAAGGUUUAUGAAUAGUUUAGGUUCAGAAGAAGAUUUACUUACUCCAAAAAUUUCAGCUGAAUCUACUGUUAAAGAAGAAGAAGUUAUGGCUUCAAUCAACAAUGAACAAGUUGUUCAUCAACAGAGUAAUAUGAAUAUGAAUAUGAAUAAUAAUUAUAAUAACUCUGUUGUUACUUCUUCUCAUGGUUUUUAUCAAAGUUCAGUUAUGCCACCUUUGCCAAAUCAAAAUGUUUCUUCUGGUUUGGAUGGAAAUUUUUCAAUGGGAGUUAAUCAGUUGCAACAAGUGAAGAAUCAUGGUGGAAAUAAUUCUAAUCUUAUUAGACAUAGUAGUUCACCAGCUGGAUUAUUUUCUCAAAUUAACAUUGAAAAUGGGUAUGUUAGUAUGAGAGGAAUGGGAACAAUAGGAGCUAUGAAUAACUCAAUAAAAGAAGCAAAAUUUUCUAAUGCAAGGAGUUUGAAGAAUUCAACAAACUAUUCAUCAGGGAUAAUGUCAACAAUAGCUGAAAUUGGUGACAAAGAUAAUAGAGAAAAUAAUCAAGAAAGUGAAGCUUAUGGUGAAAGUCAUGGUAAUGAGUAUAUGGAUUAUCAAGUUGAUACUUGGGAUGAUUCUGAAAUGAUGUCUGAAAAUGUUGGUGGUUUAAAAAGAUUUAGAGAUAAUGAUUCAAAACAACAUUUUUCUGGUUUAAAUGCAGCUGCACUUCAGAAUGAAACACGAGGAGGACAUUCUUCAUCUCCUUUGGCUCAUCAAUUGAGUAUGCCAAAUACUUCAUCUGAAAUGGCAGCUAUGGAGAAUUUUCUACAUUUCUCUGAUUCUGUUCCGAUGAAAAUUCGUGCUAAGCGAGGUUGUGCCACUCACCCUAGAAGCAUAGCAGAAAGGGUUAGAAGGACUAAAAUUAGUGAACGUAUGAGGAAGCUACAAGAUCUGGUCCCAAACAUGGAUAAGCAAACAAACACAGCAGAUAUGUUGGACUUGGCUGUAGAUUACAUCAAAGACCUUCAAAAGCAAGCUGAGGUAUUUCAAAAAAAAAUUAAUCCUCAACUAUGUCAAUAUCUUAUAAUUAUGGAUUAUUACCUAAUUAAUUUUCUUCCAACAUUAUGUAUAUGUAUAUACACUUUUAUAGAAGCUUCAAGAUUGUCAAGCAAAGUGUACCUGUCCACACAAGCAACAACAAUAACGGCAAAGUGAUUAAUUAAUUAAUUAGUCCUUGUACAGAUUUGUAAUAAUUUGGUAUCACCAAGUUAAAAAAUCUAGCUAGAUUAGCUUUUAUUUGUUUUAUUUUAUUGCAUUUCCAAAGAUAAGUUUAUUCAUGCACUCACCCUUGAUAAUAUAUA